AGUCAGAUGGAAGAGGUACGGGAUGCUGCCGGCAAUGACAUGAUGAAAAUGAUGCAGAAAGUGUUUCCCGUAGCAACUCAGAUCCAGCAGCAAGUUAUUCAGAAUUAUGGAUUCACAGCUUAUGGAAAAGGUACUAUAAAAUUCACACAAGAAGUAAGACGAUUCGAACAUCAAGACCCAGAUAUUGCAAGUUUAGCCCAACGUUUAAAAGCCAUAUUCUUACCACCUCUACUAGUGAAUCAACCAGCAAGUUAGCUUUAAAUACAAGGCAUUCUAUUAUUUAUUUGAUAAUUAAAGUUGAAUGCUGUCAAUAUUUCGUGUCUUUUUUAU